AUGCAAUAUAUUGAUUAAGGAAGUGCUCUUUCUAACAAAAAUGUCCCAGGAAGAAGAUUACAAAAAAAGAACUCCCUCUUUUAUCAAGUAAGACUAUUAUUAGUAGCUUAGUAAUCUGUUUUGGAAAAUGAAGAAUUCACACAACGCUAUCAAAAGAAUGCCGAUGAAUUGCAAGUAUUUAAGGAUGAUCCCUAUCUUGAACCACACAAAUAGCACUUCUAAGUAAGGAAUGCAAAAUUCUUCGAAUUACUAGAGUAGAUAGUCAAAGUGGAAUCUUCACUCAAAGAUUUUGCCAAGGGGUAUCUAGAUCUAUUAAUAUUAGAUAUGAGAAAUAUGGGUUUUUGAUUUCUGACACCGGAAUCACAUAUAAGGAAUGGGCACCAGGAGCAAAAGAAGUUUAUUUGACAGGGGAUUUUAAUAAUUGGGAUAAAAUGCAAUAUUCUCUAACUUCAGAUUCAUUUGGAAAUUGGGAAAUAUUUUUACCAAGAAAUGAAGAUGGUUCCUAUUUGAUCCCACAUGGUUCAAGAGUAAAGGCUUACAUAAAGGAUGCUAAUGGUCAAUACUAAUUCAGAAUCCCAGCUUGGAUACGAACUACAUGGCAGAAUCAAGAGAAUAAAGUAUUUAAUAAAUAAUAAAAUAUGUAAGUUAUAUGACGGAGUAUUUUAUAACCCAGAGAAUAAAUACGAAUUUAAGCACAACAGACCACCAAAACCUAGAUCUCUUAAAAUAUAUGAAGUACAUAUCGGUAUGGCUGGUAUCGACCCAAGAGUCCACACUUUCAAAGAAUUUACAUAGACAGUUUUGCCAAGAGUAGUUAAACUUGGAUACAAUGUUAUUUAAAUAAUGGCAAUACAAGAACAUGCCUAUUAUGGAAGUUUUGGAUAUCAUGUUACUAACUUCUUUGCUGUUAGCAGUAGAUUUGGUAGCCCAGAUGACUUGAAAGAGUUGAUUGACACAGCGCAUUCUCAUGGAAUUACUGUCUUGAUGGAUUUAGUUCAUAGUCAUGCAUCUAGCAAUGUUUUAGAUGGCAUUAAUUAAUGGGAUGGCACUGAUUAUCAAUAUUUUCAUGCGGGUGGUAAGGGCAAACACGAUUUAUGGGAUUCUAAGCUAUUUGAUUAUUCUAAAUGGGAAGUGAUAAGAUUUCUAUUAUCCAAUUUGUCAUGGUGGAUAAACGAAUAUCAAUUUGAUGGAUUUAGAUUUGAUGGUGUUACAUCUAUGUUGUAUGUUCAUCAUGGAAAUGGUUAUGGUUUUACAGGCGGAUAUCACGAAUACUUUAAUGAAUUAGCUGACAUCGAUUCAUUAGUUUAUUUGAUGCUGGCUAAUGAUCUCAUACAUGAAAUUCAUCCUAAUGCCAUUACUGUUGCUGAAGAUGUGUCUGGUUAUCCAACAUUGUGUCGUAACAUUAAAGAAGGGGGAAUUGGAUUUGAUUAUAGAAUGGCUAUGGCUGUUCCUGAUAAAUGGAUUAAAUUACUUAAGGAAUUUAAAGAUGAUGAUUGGGAUAUGGGAGAUAUCACUCAUACACUCACAAAUAGAAGACAUCUAGAAAAAUGCAUAUGUUAUGCUGAAUCUCAUGACUAAGCAUUAGUAGGAGAUAAGACUCUCUCCAUGUGGCUAUUUGAUAAGGAAAUCUAUAGCGAAAUGAGCACUCUUCAGCCAGAAACCUUAGUUACUUUUAGAGGCAUGGCGUUACAUAAGAUGUUAAGAUUGAUUACAUUUGCUCUAGGAGGAGAAGGAUACUUAAAUUUCAUGGGAAAUGAAUUUGGACAUCCUGAAUGGAUUGAUUUUCCAAGAGAGGGUAAUGGAUGGAGCUAUCAUCAUGCCAGAAGAAGAUGGGAUCUAGCUGAUGAUUAAUCCCUAAGGUAUUCCAGGCUCUUAUAAUUUGAUGCUGAAAUGAUUAAUCUUGAAGAAAAAUACCCUUGGUUACCUAAUGGUGAACAGUGGGUUACUGAAAAACACAAUGAAACAAAAGUAAUUGUUUUUGAGAGAGGGUCUCUUCUAUUUGUAUUUAAUUUCCAUCCUACUUAGGUAUUUAGUUUUAAUAAUUAUUAAUUAAUAGUCAUAUGAACAUUUUAGAGUCGGCACUAGAUUUGAAACAGAUCAUAGAAUAGUUUUAGAUACUGAUGAUGUUAGAUUUGGAGGACAUUCAAGAGUUUCACCCUCUUAUGGUCAAAAUUUCCCAAUCAUUAAGGAAGAAUGGCAAGGUAGACCUAAUCACAUCUAAAUCUAUUUACCUAAUAGAUGCGCUAUCGUUUUUAAAUCAAUUGAGUGAUUUUUUGUUUUAAAAGACAUACAUAUAAC